UCAUCUUAUCUUAAUCCUACAAAGUCUUCGGUGGAUAAAACAAAUCCUUUAAAAUCUUCAUAUAGAUUUCUUUUCAUUAUUUUUACCCAUUACCAAAGUUUCUUUAUUUUCUCUCUCGUUGUCUUCUUAGAACAUUACUUUAAUCCUUCAAAACUUGCUUAGUUCGUAACCCAAAGCUAGAUCCAAUCUAAGUUUUUAUUCCUCUUCUCCUCUCUGUCUUCUCUCUGACUCUCAUCGACGACUCCCAACAUUUCCUGAAAUAAACGAGCAUAGAGAAUCUUUUAUAAGAGAAGGAAUAAAAAAACAAGAAGCUGGAAACUUUGCAUAUGGGUAUGGUAACAGAGUCACAGUUCCAUGUUUUGGCUGUUGAUGAUAGUCUCGUUGAUCGGAAAAUGAUAGAGAGAUUACUGCAAAAGUCUUCAUAUCAAGUAACGACAGUUGAUUCAGGCUCUAAAGCUCUAGAGUUUCUGGGUUUGAGAGAUAGUAAUGAGAGUGACGAUGCAAAUGCACCCUCUUCAUCACCCGUAACUCAUCAGGAAGUUGAAAUAAAUCUUAUAAUUACAGAUUAUUGCAUGCCUGGCAUGACUGGUUAUGAUUUGCUCAAAAGAGUUAAGGAAUCAGCAGCAUUUAAAAGCAUUCCCGUUGUGAUAAUGUCUUCUGAGAACGUUCCUGCUAGAAUUUCCAGAUGUCUGGAAGAAGGAGCUGAGGAGUUCUUCUUGAAGCCAGUAAAGUUGGCUGAUCUUACCAAGUUGAAACCGCAUAUGAUGAAAACCAAACUGAAGAAAGAAAGCGAUAAACCAGCAAAAGAAGAUAGUGCAGUUUUGAAACCUGAAAUAAGAGAAGAAGAAGCAUCCGUGAUUAAAAUCGUGCCUCUACAUCAAGAAGUUGAACAAGAACCAGUGUUGAGUAAGAGGAAAGCAACGAAAGAAGUGAUAUCCACUGAUCGAUCACGUCCUAAGUACAAUGAUAUCACAACUUCUGUCUGACCCUUUCUUUCAUGCGGUGUCCUGCAGAAGUUGUUAUAAAAAUACUUUGAUUCAGAGUUUCUUUCCUUAGGUUUGUUGUAGGAAUGCUUCUUCUGGUAAAUAAAGGGCUGGCAUAGAGGACGAAGAGGAGAUAUGUAUGUAGGUAAUGAUGGUUAUGGUUGUUAUUUAGUAUUGUUCAUUAUUAAUAAUCAGUAAAUUCCAAGUCUUGUUAUUUUUUCUUAGUUUUCUGGUAUCAAAACAAUCUCAAGGGUAAUUAAAUUCUACUGAUUUUUUUUU